AUGGCGGCCAACAAGCAGGGCAAGAUGAUCAACUACCGGAUGAGAGUCACUCUCAACGACGGUCGACAGAUGACGGGACAGAUGCUUGCCUUUGAUAAGCAUAUGAACCUCGUCCUCGCCGACACUGAAGAAUUCCGUCGCGUCAAGCGCAAAUCGAAGCCCGCCGCCGGCGCCGCGAACGCUCCUCUCGUCGAAUCUGAAGAGAAACGAACCCUCGGUCUCGCCAUCGUCCGCGGUACCCAUGUUGUCUCCUGCUCCGUUGAUGGUCCUCCUCCCGCCGACCCCUCCGCCCGACUGGGCACCGGUGUCCCCGGCGCCGCUGCCGCCGCCGCUACUCUCGCCGCUGGCCCUGGAAUCAGUAAACCCGCUGGACGUGGUCUUCCAGUCGGCCUUGGAGGUCCCGCCGCCGGUGUGGGAGGACCUCCUCCUCCGCCGGGCGGUUUCCCUGGCUUCCCCCCGGGUGGUUUCCCCGGUGCUCCUCCGGGCUUUGCGGCUCGUGGAGGACCUCCAGGUGGACCUCCUGGAUUUGCUCCUCCCCCCGGUUUCGCGCCUCAGGGCGGUCCUCCGGGAUCUUUCCAGCCUCCUCCCGGAUUCCAACCCCCCGGUCAGGGACGUGGCUUCCCUCCGCCCGGCUUUGGAGGACGGUGA